AUGGCUACCUCUACCGCUACCCUGGCGCAGGUCGCCGCCGAGCAGGAGCCCCAAGGUUCUCCUGAAGCAGUCCCAGAGACCGUCUUCGCCAGCCUGGGGGAUAAGUCGAAGCUGUCGGAUGGUACACAGACCGCUGUUAACUUGGAAUCCGGCCUCAUUGCCGGUUUCGCUGCAGCCAUUGUCUCUCAACCUGCUGAUACUGUGCUUUCCAAGAUUAACAAGACCAAGGGCCUGCCAGGCCAAAGUACCGUCUCCAGACUUAUCAAGAUUGCGGGUGAGCUGGGUGUCCGUGGCUCCUUUGCCGGUCUUCCUACUCGUCUGUUCAUGAUUGGCGGUCUUACUGCCGGUCAAUUUGCCAUUUAUGGCGAUAUCAAGAAAGCCCUCGAUGCUACUGAUAGCGUCGAGAUCUCCAAAUAA